CAAAAUGAAGCAGUCCGUUGAUGUCAGCUCUUCCCGCCGCAAGAGCAGAAAGGCCCACUUUUCUGCUCCCUCUGAUCUUCGUCGCAAGAUCAUGAGCGCUUCCCUCUCCAAGGAACUCCGGGAGAAGCACAGCGCCCGCUCCAUCCCCAUCCGCAAGGAUGACGAGGUCAUGGUCGUCCGUGGCUCGUUCAAGGGCCGUGAGGGCAAGGUUGUCCAGGUCUACCGUCGCAAGUGGGUCAUCCACAUCGAGCGCGUCAACCGCGAGAAGGCCAACGGUGCCUCCGUCCCCGUCGGCAUCCACCCUUCCAAGGUCGUCGUCACCAAGCUCUACCUGGACAAGGACCGCAAGGCCAUCCUCGAGCGCAAGGGCCUCGCCAAGAAGCCUCAGCCCGUCCAGGAGUAAAUAAAAGAAGAAAAAAAGAAGUUGUCAUUCGACGUGCUUUUUUUUUUUUUGGCUUCCUGACUCAAUAAAAAAUACUUUUUUUUUUU